AUGGAGUUGACGAUUCUUCUCACAGGUAAGAGAUCCUCUAACAUUCUCACACACGUUCACUGACGUAUGCGGAGUAUGGGAAUGUGCAUUUUUCUGCUGAAUAUGGAUCUACAUUUUCUGUAUGUGCCUGUGUUUCGCAAUGGCUGAUGGUGUCCUCCAUCUCUUCACUACAGCCUUCAUGGGAUGUAUUGGGGUCCUACGCUCAGAGGCCACUGCAGGUCUGUCAGUCUAUCUUCCUGCAUACAUAAUUUUUUUAACGUUUCAAAGUGUCUCUCUAACUUCAGAUGUUAUUGUCCAGAUUCCAUAGAGAUGCUGGGUCCCAGAAUCCUCCAGCCCCAUAGGUCCAAAAUAAGAGCUGGUCUAGGUAAAGAAUUCUGCCAUCUGUUAUUUUUUACGUUUUCAUGAAAGUGGCUUAUAUCAAUAGUGGAUAUUCUCGAGUGUUUAAACUCGCAGACAACCUGGUCUUCGCCUCAGUGUUUUAGAAUCUGGGUGUGCGGUCUGAGAAUUCUAUUCUGGUGUUGGUUAAGAACCACCGUUUUUAACAAACAGGAUGUGUUUGUCAUAUACAGGGGAGCAGUUGGUUAUUGAAUGUAAGGCAGACCCAGGCCUUCCUGAUGACUUUACCCUUGUCUACUGGCUGGUCAACAGAAUCUUCCCAGAGGUAGCCUACACUGAUGGCAGAGUAUCAGAAACAGAGGAGUAAGUACUGGGGUUUGUCUUCACACAAAACCAUGUCCCUUACUUUCUACCCUUUAACAAUGCUGUUAAUACUAUACUACUCUUUCCAUAUUUGGACCACACAUGUAGAGUACGCAAAGUCUACAGUAUGUGUUCUGUUCAGCUGUUGUACGAUAUAAUAUGUGGAGGGAGUGUUGGCUAAGUGUUGUAAAUGUGGUUUCAGAUCAGCCUCAGAGGACGGCAGGGUGAUCCAGAGGAGUCUGGUGUUCAAGAACGUGACUGCAGAAGAUUUCAGGUCCACUUUUACCUGUGUGAUAAGAAGCCUGGCUGGGCUUGACCAAAGGACUGUCACACUGAUGCCCAAUCACAAGGCUAGUUUUCCCUCAUUACCUCAAGUCCUCUCCCCUCGUCCUUCACUCACUCCCAACUCAAAACACCUGGGGAAACCGAGAAAGGAACUCAAGAAGAAACAUAGGAUAAAGGAUCAGAGAAAAAAACGAAACCACGCUUGCAAGAAAUGA